GAAAUCUAUGAAAAAGCCAUCAUUGUUGAAACAGAAAACUUGUUGGGAAGUCGUAAAAGAUCAUCCUUUAAAAAAUUUGGCGGUACUUGCAUAUUACAGACCGUCGAAGGAUUUUGGGCUCCCAACCAAGUACAGGUCUUAGUACACCAGUCUCCAAUCCUCUAAAUAUAUUAGAUCCACUUGCUUUAGCUUUAAAAGAAUUAGAUCCUUUGUCAGAAUUUGCGAUGCAGGAAGAAAUAGAUCCUCUAUCAAAAAUAGCAGCUGAAAUGAUAUCAGUUUUCAUGAUAGUAACUUGAAUGUAAAAAACAAUUUUUGCAAACUAGAUGUAGAUAAACAAACACUGGUUUAUAUUUUUUUGGGAUGGAGCAUUUUCCUACUAGAGAUAUAGAGGCCCUAUUUUGAUAAUAAGAAAUAAGCUUAGCUUAUAAAGCUAAUAAAGCUUAUAAAGCAACUAUGAAAACAAAUUGAUAAGGUCCAGUGUAGAUGCGCAUGCUUGAGAUUUAAAAUCUCCUGGUUAACUAUUGACCUUGCGCCAACUAACCAACAUGUCCGCUGACAGAUCCUCAAUAAGUGUGGAUGCGGCAUUUUUGCGGUAGUAUUUUUUCAAAAAAUAUCCAGAUUGUAUUAAAUCAUCAUUCAAAUAGGUGUUGAGUGUGUGGAUAUCAAUAUUUACAAAGAAAAUUUGGAAAAAUGUAGGUUAGUGCAGGUGUGCCAGGAAAAUUAGCCCCUUCUCUUAUCAUUAUAUUAUCUAAAGCUAUAUGGAAUGCGGUGUACUGCAGUCUGUAAUUUUUUCAACUGUUUAGAACUGUAUAUCUUCCGCAUUCGAAAAAUUCAUAAAGGAGAACCAUGGCCAGGUUCGAUUGACAUUGUUGAGACUAGGUAUGAGUUUGGAUGAUAAGCAUUUCAUUUGAGAUUUGUAAAUAUAAUCUGUUCCAGUCCCACAUUUUUUAGGUUUAUGUUGUUAAGUAAGUUUGCAGACUCGAACCAUGGUCAAAUGAUUUUACUAAAUUACUAAAUCAUUCGAGAAAAGUCCGCCCUUGCAAAAGGUAACAAUAUAUUCAACCUUUUCUAAGGUAGGCGAAACACUAAUUUCUAGAAUUAUAUGCCAUGAUAUAACUAUCAGAUAUACAGAGGCCCUUACAGUGAAGAAACUUCUGUAAAAAAAAAUGUGGGGAAGGGAUUCAAUACGCACAAUAUGAUGGAUUUGAUUUAUUGAUUGAUUUGAUAGCUAUUAGAUGAUAUCUUUAUUUUCACCAUAGGCAGGUCUUGUAUACAUAUAUGUAGUGGCUAUAUUGAAUAAAGAGUGGUCAAGCAUUGUUUGUAUACGUGUAGUUUAACAAUAGGUCACAAAAUUAUUUGUAAUUUAUUCUAGUAGAGAAUAUUCUAUUUUAUUACCAUCAUAGAGACGAAGAAGUGGGCGUUUUCAAGGUUAGCUAUAAACUUUAAAAAUAUUUUUAAGCCGCUCACUUCAGAUAAUUUGCUCACUGGCUUGUAAUAAUAGAAUAAUUUUGUUUGUGGACAUCCAAAAAAAGCAUUAGGUCUUAGGAAUUUGCAUAGGGUUUCACAUCUUAGGAUCUGAUGGAUAAUAAAUUAGGCAAAGCUUCGCUGGAACCUGAAGAAAUUAAGUCAUAUACAAAAAUGGAGUCCUGGAACUCGCGAAAAGCUGCCAUUUUAUCAAAAUACACAACAUCCGAAAAGUUGACAAUGGUUACAAGUUUUUUAUUUGAUGGUGAAAAAGUAAUGGUAAGAGCACAAAGUACAGCAAUUGAUAAAGUUCAGCUUCGAUUAGAACAAUUAGAUUAUUUUGAAGAUGGAGUGCAACAAAAAUUAGACUUGUCCCAAUCUGAAUAUAUAAAUCGAAUAGAGCAAUUAAAUAAGGAAUUAGUUUCUGCAUGGAACAGUGAACAGAGAGUGAAAGCUCUGAAAAUAGCAAUACAAUGUGCAAAAAUGUUGACAGAUACUGAUGUGCUUCCUUUUUAUCCUAGUAAAUUUGUUUUGAUUACUGAUAUACUAGAUACUUUUGGAAACUUGGUAUAUGACAGACUAAGAACAAAAGCAGUAUAUUUCAAACCUGGAUCUAAAAUUGCGACACCAUUGCCGGACGAUUUUACACCAGACAUGGUACCAGAUACUGUCAAAGAGACAUGCCUAAAUUGGUUUUACAAAGUUGCGUCAAUACGGGAAUUGGUACCGCGGCUAUAUGUGGAAAUGGCUUUACUGAAGUCCUAUUCCUUUAUAUCUUCAAAUGAAUGCUUAGAAGCAUUGUAUCGUUUGACAGACAUGAUCCAAGGAAUAGGAAAUCCACUGGUCGCGGUAUACACGAGAUGUUACCUAUGUAGAAUGGCAAUCUCGAUAAUUGGGGAGAAUUGCGAUAUAAACCUCCUUACGAAAAAUUUUGAAAGUUUUUUGAACACUUAUCAACAUAUUUUUGGAGGUAGUGUGAAAGCUGAAUUAAAUAAACAAAAAAUUAAAAUACCGACUUACAUGACUUUGUACACUCCUGCAUUAGAUUUUAUUCUGGAAGCAGUUGUUUCUAAUUCAUCUGAAAAUAUUAUUUCUGAUUUACUUAACAAGUGUAAGCAUUAUUGUAACAGUUCCUUAAUUCUCAACACCAUCAUGUCCGGUUUUAAACCAAUGUACAUCUCAGAACGGGCACUUCAGUUUCUUGACAUGAUCACCGGUUGCACCGACGAUGCAAUACCAUUGCAUUCAUUACUUCGAACGUUAGGAUUAUGUUUAAGUGUAUGUCCGCCACCUUCAGAUCAAAGGAAAUCUUUAUUAAUACAUGUGUGGAGAAAUAUUGGACAGCUUAAUAAUACAAACGAGUAUAUGACAUGCGUGGAAGUCUGGACACCUCUUAUAGCUCUUCAUUUGUCACUUAAAGAACUUAAUCAGGCAUUCGGCAACAUUAUCAAUCAUUUAUCUGUCAAAAGGAGUUAUGAACACUUUCAGGUUGAAUUAAAAAACAUUGUUCAAAAAGUUGCAUCCUACAUAUCAGAUUUGGAAUCGUUAUUAGCGUUAGACAAUUUUUUAUCUUUGAUUAACCUUUUUCACGAAGAGUCGGUAAAAGUCGAAGUAUGCAAAUUUGUUUUGACUACGUCCGUUAUUGACCACCAAAUUAGCGAUCCAGUGAUAACAAAUUCUCUUAUGUAUUUAGGAAGUGUAUUACACGACUCUGUGGAUGCUCUUACACCAGAGGACGAGCACAGGCAAAUUGGAGAUAUUUUAUGCAAUAUUGUUAGAAAAAUUGAUUAUGGCAGAGAUUUGGAACAGCAAUUAGAUUUUUACGCAGAAGCGAGAGGAGCUUUUGCCAAUAUUGAUAGCGUUUUGUCGCAAUUGGUUCAAUGCGUUAACACUUUAACUGUUAAGACUAGAUUGAUUGUAAAAGGGCGUCACACUCGCAAAACAAGCGAUUUUGUGAGAGCAUGUGCGGCAUACAGCUUUAUUACCAUUCCUUCGAUUGUGUCAGCAAAAACUCGUCUGAAGCUUUAUUUACUGUCGGGGCAAGUUGCCUUAUUUAACAACUGCUUAGGUCAAGGAGAUGCUUGUUUUAAAGCUGCAUUGUCUAUAAUACCAGAAUUAGAAAGCAGCGCACAAUCUGACACAUUUCUAAUUGCGUUUGUACGUCAAUUUUUGUCUACCCUUAUCGUCGUGCCUGAUAAUCCUGAAAGAGGCAUUUUGAGUCUCACAAGAAUGUUGUUGAAUAUUUUAAAAAAUUACGAAUGGAAUAAACCAAAUUGGUCUCUGGCUUUAAUAUAUAUUAAUGUUAUUGAAAUGUUUUCUACAAUGACACAAGAUGUAUAUCCUUAUCAUGUUGACAGAGUCGAAUCCAAUGAUGCAUUGUACGGUUCUGAUCCAAAAUAUAUUCAAGAAAUCGAUGCUAUGAUUUCCAUAGUCAUAACUGAAAUUUUAAAUAUAAUGAAAGAGUUGGGAACAUGUACAAAGCAAGCUCAGUUAGCAAUUGAAUUAUUUCUGCAAAUAUGUGUCAGAUCUGAUCUCACAUUCAAUUCUAUUAGUAUUCUUGCAUUGAAUGUAUGGAAUUUGUCAUUAAGAAGUGGAUAUAUUGAUUUAAAAUAUUUGGAUAGAACAAAACGCUACUUGCAUAAAUUUGCCCAAGAGACGGAAAAUAUUGGAUUGCAACAAUUACUUCAAAAACUGUGAUUCCCAGAAUGAAAAAUAAAUAUUUAUACUAUCACAUUUUUUUUGUAAAAAUUUGUUUGUUAUCGACUUUUUUUAAUAAAAAAUCUAUAUAUUAUGUAUACUAUUUUUUUUAUUUUUAAGAGAAUUUCCCAGAGCUUUUCAUGCAAUUUGCCUAGCAGCACAUCACAAGACGAGAUUUAAUGUGGUAAGCGGUUUUUACAAUGACACAUUUAUUAUUCAAUAUUACAUCUUCCUUAGACCCAUAGAGAAUGCUUGAAACCAGCCAAGUAGCGAAAACGUUUUCCUCUACAACGGA